CGGCGGCCGGCCUCCCUCGCCGCUGCCGGGCGGGGCUCCCCUCGAGAGGCCGUCGGAGCUGCUCCGCAGAGCUCCGCAGAACUCAGCCUGGACAGACUGACUGACAGAACACGGACGCCGCUCAGCCCACAGCACGAUCUGUGCCUCCUCGGAAGAUGCGCCUGCCCCUGAUACUACUGGCCGCAGUGGGCACCUGCCUAGGCCUGCUGACGGCAGCUGCCGCAAGCGCUGACCCUGCCCAGCUGGACAGUCCCAGCAUGCUGCCCACCCACCGGCGCCAGAAGAGAGACUGGAUCUGGAACCAGAUGCACAUUGACGAGGAGAAAAACACCUCGCUGCCCCAUUACGUGGGCAAGAUCAAAUCGAGUGUGAACAGCAAGAAUGCCAAGUACCUGCUCGAAGGAGAUUACGUUGGCAAGGUCUUCCGGGUCAACGAGGACACAGGGGACGUGUACGCUCUGGAGAGGCUGGACAGGGAGAAGGUCUCCGAGUACCACCUCACCGCCCUCGUGGUGGACAAGAACACCAACAAGGACCUGGAGUCUCCUUCCAGCUUCACCAUCAAAGUGCACGAUGUCAACGACAAGUGGCCUGUGUUCACCCACCGGUUUUUCAACGCAUCCGUGCUCGAGAUGUCGACCACGGGGACCUCAGUCAUCCGUCUGACAGCAGUGGACGCAGAUGACCCCACGGUGGGAGACCACACCUCCGUCAUGUACCAAAUACUGGGAGGAGGCGAACACUUUGGCAUCGAUAAUAAUGGACUCAUUUACACAAAAAGCAACGACUUGGACCGAGAGGUGCAGGCCAGGUACGAGAUCGUGGUGGAAGCACGAGACGCCCAAGGCCUCCGAGGGGAGUCAGGCACGGCCACCGUGCUGGUCACUCUGCAGGACGUCAACGACAACUUCCCCAUCUUCACCCAGCACGCAUACACAUUUGCGGUGCCUGAAGACAUCCGUGUGGGCAGCCCCCUGGGCUUCCUGUCCGUUGAGGACCCAGACGAGCCCCAGAACCGGAUGACCCAGUACAGCAUCGUGCAGGGCCAGUUCAGGGACACCUUCAGGAUCGAGACGGACCACACCCGCAACAAGGGUAUCAUCAAGCCCAUGAAGCCCCUGGACUACGAAUACAUCCAGCAUUACACCUUCACCAUCGAGGCCACGGACCCCACCAUCAACCUCUACUACACGAGAAACCUGAACCACCCCGGCAAAAACAAGGCCGUCGUCACCAUCAACGUCACCGACGUGGACGAGCCCCCCGUCUUCCAGAAGCCCUUCUACCACUUCCGGCUGCCGGAGAACCAGAAGAAGCCUUCCGUCGGCUCAGUGGUGGCCAAGGACCCCGACGCCACGCGGCGGAGCAUUGGAUACUCCAUCCGCAAGACCAGUGACAAGGGCCAGUUCUUCCAAGUAAACAAGCAGGGAAUCAUAUUCAACAACAAAGAACUGGACAGAGAAAUCUACCCCUGGUAUAACCUGACUGUGGAGGCCAAAGAACUAUAUCCGAAUGGGAGCCCCACAGGCAAAGAAUCCAUCGUACAGGUCCACAUCGAAGUUCUGGAUGAGAACGACAAUGCCCCGGAGCUCGCCCUGCCCGACGCUCCCAAAGUGUGCGAGAAUGCUCCUCAGGGCAAGCUGGUGAUGCAAAUCUCGGCAACAGACAAGGACGUAACACCAAAGAACGUGAAGUUCAAAUUUUCCCUGGGCACUGAAGACAGCAACUUCACCCUCACGGACAAUCACGAUAACACGGCCAACAUCACAGUUAAGUAUGGGCAGUUUGACCGGGAGCACACCAAGGUCCACUACCUGCCCGUGAUCAUCUCGGACAACGGGAACCCCAGCCUCACAAGCACGAACACGCUGGCUGUGCCGGUGUGCAAGUGCAACGAGCGUGGCGAAGUCACCUUCUGCGAGGAGGUGGCUCCCCAGGUGGGCGUCAGCAUCCAGGCGCUGGUAGCCAUCUUCCUCUGCAUUCUCACCAUCACAGUGAUCACCCUCCUCAUCUUCCUGCGGCGGCGGCUCCGGAAGCAAGCCCGUGCUCAGGGCAAAAGCGUGCUGGAGAUCCACGAGCAGCUGGUCACCUACGACGAGGAGGGUGGUGGAGAGAUGGACACCACCAGCUACGACGUGUCAGUGCUCAAUUCCGCGCGCCACCGUGGAGCCAAGCCCCCACGCCCCGGGCGGGACGUGCCGCCCUUAGUGUACGCGCAGGUGCAGAAGCCUCCGCGGCACACGCCCCUCCUCAAGCACAGCGAGCCCGGGGACAUGGCCGCUGUGAUUGAGGUGAAAAAGGACGAGGCGGACCACGACAGCAGCUGCCUGCCCUACGACACGCUGCACCUGUUCGACUAUGAGGGCUCCGAGUCCAUCGCCGAGUCCCUUAGCUCCCUGGGCACCCACUCCUCCAACUCCGACAUCGACUACGACUUCCUCAACGACUGGGGGCCCAGGUUCAAGAUGCUGGCCGAACUGUACAGCACGGACUCCCGGGAGGAGCUAGGAUAUUAGGGCCUGCGAGCCUCUCAGCCUGGGGACCCCCACCCCUGCAGCCCCAGCCACUGGACACCAGGCCCUGAGCCACAGCACUGACGCCCCAGCCCAGCAGCGCCUCCUGGUGGGCCCCAGCAACCUCACCAGCUUGGGUCCCUGAAAUGUUUGGGAACACACUUCAGGGAUGGCUACCCCGAAAAUGCUGGAAAACCCAAGCUGGUGUUCUGUCUGGGCUUGGGCGUCCACGUAACCCUGGCACCAGGGACCACAGGUCCAACUCGGAGACUUUUUCUCUGGCUCCUCUAAGAGCUUAUGUUUCACUCCCAGGGAGAGGUCUUCCCCUGAGGUCCCUAAACCCUCUGGUGAUGCUGGCGAGGCCCUGGCGCCUGUCCGCCAGGGAGCAACAGGCAGGACAGCGUGACCUGUGGGUGGCACUCCCUGCAGCCCAGUCCAAAGGGAGCUGGGACUGUGCACCGCACCUGCCCUGCUGCAACGUCCUCACACCUCCCAAGCCCCCCCUCCCCCCACUCCUAGGCAGCUCCCAACCUUGGGUCCUCAGGCGACCUCACUCGCCUGCCUCACCAGUAACUGCACUGCACUGAGCGAUGCAAAUCCAACUGAAGUCAGGGAAAUGGCUGGCUGAACCUCAUAGUAACUGUGAAUUCAUCUUGGAGGGGAGUGGAGACCACGCAUGACAGAUCCUAGGGUGAGGGCCACCUCCACGCCCAUACCCUCCCCCUCCGGAGAGGGCCUAGAGUAGCGGUGACCCCAACUGGAGACUCACUGACACCAGUUCGGCCUGGGGAGUGAGAGCAGAGGCUCCCGAGCACAGCACCUUUCCCCGUCUCCGCCUCGCCUGGUCACUCACGCACGCUCUCUCGUCUCUCUCUCCCUCUCAUCUCUCGACUAAGAGGCACUCAAGUUAUAACCCACAGCAAUAAGCAACUCCAGCCAAUGCCCGAACCCAAAGAUCACUGCACAAUGGAGCCAGGCAAUCUGCCUUUACAUCUUGUUGUUGCCACAUCUCAGGGAUCCCCAGCAGGGCCCCGCCCCUCGGGCACCCCCUGCGGAAGGCACGGCCUCUGCCCGACCCAAGCCCUGCAGCCCUCUGUGCAUCUCCCACUUCCAGCCACACGUGGCUCGCUCCACCGCCAACACACCGGAGGGGAAGGAGGCAAACCCUCCAACUCACCCGUGGCCGUGACUGAGGUCCCCACUCUGGCAAGGCCCCUCCCUCGUCCGGGGAUUGUAGAUAACACUGACUUUAUUUUUAACCAAUGACUAGUUCCUCAUAAUUUUUGUUACUAAUAGUACUUACACAUUUCUAGCUCUCCAAAACGUAUAAGAUUUUUUUUUUUUUGCAUAAUAAGAUUGCCAUGUAGGUUAACAAUUUUAAUUCAGGUGUUUUAGUGGAAUGAACCAAUUCCUGUAAUCUUCUAUAUCUCCUGUCGUUGCCAUGACUGCUCUAGGGGUAAUGGCUGUGUAUCGGCCACACUGGUGCAUGAGACGUACUGUAUUUUUAUAUAGACCUAAAUAAAGAUCGUGAGAUUCUUUCAUUUUGA